ACUCUGAAGAAAUCUCCAAUAACAGGAAAAGGGAAGUAUGUAUUCUAUCACAUUUACCUCUCUUGGUGAGGGAUGAACUUGGAUAGAGUCUCGAUUGUAGCGUGGGGGCAGCCUGCAUGCAUGGGUUGCACAGGACGGUUUAACAUGAAUGUAAUCUGAGCGGAUCAGUUGUCACCAGCUCAGCCUGAAACCAAAGUCACUAUGAGUAAUACUUUCAGUUCUGCAAGGUUGGCGAGUACUAUCAGUCUCGCGUCGGUGACCAUCGGGUUAUGGCCUGCAAGGUUUGCUGUGUAGUGUGGCCCAGGAGGUGACCACGUCCACACGUAGGACGACCGAUUACAUCACUCUUGAUUUGCAUCAUUCCGGUAUCUCAUCAAUCCACAAUGUCAUAGAGCUGUGCGUGUUGAGAACAACAGGAAACUGAAGUUCUGUGGUGGUGUUUGGACAGUAUACCCUCUGCUAAUAUUUUCAGAAUGUAAAGUGCAUGUUGUAAGUAACCUCUGGGAUCGCAUUCAGUAUUGUUCUCGGAACAUGUUCAAGAAUAGACCUGCUUCUGGAGGAAACCGAUGUUGUUUUUAGCUGUGUCUGGACUUGUCUCCGAGUUUGAACCUGAUUGUUUGCAGGAGGCUGUGAACCGAGGAAACACCUUGCGAAUUUGGUAUGAUCGUUGUCAUGCUUCACAUGAGAUUCUGAUGCAGCUGUCUUCUGUCAUCAACCUACCACCGCUCAGACAGUAUAUAUCUUCCCAACUGUUUUGUCGAAGAUGAUAUGAUUUUGUUGUCAAACAGUGAUCUUUGCAGCAUAUUUGUGGAGUUCAUCAUAACUCUCAAUUCCUAACUGUGCCUGAAGGGAUAAGGAACUGAUUCAGCCCAUUCAGAGCUUGUUCCAGAGGAUGCAUUAAAAUCGUUGUCAAUUGUGAUUUAUUGAAAAUCGCCAGAUUUGCAUCCCACGUGUGACGCACUUUAUAUGCUAUUAUUGGUGGAUAAAUGAAGUUAAUCCACCUCGAAGUCUUCUAGUUUCUUGUAGACUAUGAGGUCAUCGCGCAUUUUAAGGAUUUGCAAUUUGUCGUGUUGAACAUCUUUGAUUUAAAUACAACCCGAAACAAAAGUUCAGAGUGACUUCAUUAGUGACUAAGGAAACACUUGAUGACUUAAUCAGAACUGAUUAUUUGAAUGAUUAUUAGAACUUCAUCAUCGUGAUGUGUAACUAUCAUUUGCCCAAUUUAACCCUUUGAUCACUAGGACUUUGACAGCGAAUGAUACGCCGAAACGGCUUAUCACAGAUUUAGCUUUGACUGGGUUAAAUUUUCCAUUGUGUACCAAUGUCGUGGAUAGAGUACAUACCCCAAUGUUGUGCGAUAGUUGUCGCAUUACUGCUAACAGUCAUAGCAAGCCUUGAAUACGUGUGGCAUGGACUCAUUCUUGCUCUUUACCCUGUUUUGCCUGGCAUAACUAUGGACUCAGAACCUCAAGAUUCCACCUGGAAGGGUCCUCGGAAGGUGACUCUACAACGACGGUCUAAUGGCUUCGGGUUUACUCUCCGUCACUUUAUUGUCUACCCGCCUGAAUCGGCUGUGGCAGAACUCAAUAGAUUGCAGGAAACCGGCGGAGAUGGACCCAAGGCAAAGAGCCGCAUCUCUGCUCUAGAGCCAAUGGAUACGAUCUUUGUGAAGCAGGUGAAAUCGGACGGCCCCGCCCACCAAGCCGGUCUAGCGAAUGGAGAUCGUAUAGUGUCUGUCAAUGGAGAGAGUGUCACAGGCAAGACUUAUCAACAAGUGGUCAACCUUAUACAGCUAUGUGACACCAACCUGACUCUUUUUGUGGUCCCACGGGAAGAAGACAUCCUGCAAGUUGCCUAUCCAUCUUCCGCAUACAAAGCUGUCAAUCCACCAUCCAAGCAAACGGACCAGAGUAGCACCUUGCCCCAAGAUCAGGGUAGGAAAGACACCAACCCAAGCAGUACUCUCUCAUCAAUAUCUGAUGAUAAUGACGUGGUUGUGGUUGGUAAGGGUGUGGAAUGUGAAGAUACCGAGUCAGUCAAAGAGAGGAGUGACAUUAGCUACCUUACGGACUCACCAGCAUGCAACGUAUCGGAACAUAGGAGCCAGACAAAAUUUUUGACGUCAACGCCAAACUCUGAUGUGUAUCGUAAUGAAAAGAAUGAACGGAAGGUUGUAGACUCUCGGCAACAGUACAAGGUCCAACGUGUGACGGCUUCUACGAUCAACCAUGAAUCUUCAGGACCUAUGAAGGUGACGUUGGUUAAUCCAUCCAGUGGGGAGUCCUCACAAGGGUCAAAAGAGCAGAGGACAUUCCGCUUAACAAAUGUUAUCAAUUCCCAAAGUAAACAGCCAAAUAAUCUUGCUGCAUUGGAAAGUGUCUCAGACACUCCUGAACAACCCAACCCCCAACCUCAGAGACAUGUAGCGUCACUCAAGAGUUAUUAUGAAGCAGCCAAACUUGCCAAUUCCUCACAAGUGUCAAAUGAACCUGCAGAAACCUCAAAGACUAGUACGACCCGAGGCCACAGUUCUAGCGUGGACAAUUUACUGUCUUCUUCAGGGUAUUCCCCCGCGCAAGCGGUGCUUAGGAUUCAACCCCAAAGAGGAAUGAACGGAUCCUCCUCUUGUGAUGAUCUAUGUAACUCGGUUUCCCGUUCAGAAGUCGGGAGACUGAACCGACAGGUUAGUAUUAUCAAUGGACAAAGUGUGCAGAGAACUGAGGAAGAUUCAACCGAUGGAGCAAUGCAUACAUGGAAAAAUGAACAAGAGAGUGUGAAAGUAAGUAGAAGUUCCCUUCCAAAGACAUCCUUACGUGUUGAUGAGCCGGAUGUUUCUCACGAAGCAUCUCUCAAAGGAGAGGAGUACUCUACUCAUGCGACACGUGUUACUGUCUCCUCUUCGGUCUCUGCAGAUAACCUCUCGCAGAAUGCCAGGAAUAUCAAUGUGUCUCCGAAACGUGAACCGAGGCGGGCAACCGUGAACCAUGACUCUAAGAACAUUCCCAGUGUUUCCUCCAAUGCUCUUGUGCCAAUGUCCCGAUCCCAAACCUUAGCAUCUGGAAGAGUAGUCCAUCUAUCUAAUCAGCAUCAGCUACUCCCAGAUAAGCCCCAGGACAGUAAGGUCUACUGGGACAAGAAACCUAGCUCUACGGAGCAUGUGGACGAAUUGAACUUAACAGUCAGUGAUGGCUCCUUAUUCUCUUGGAAGCGAACCGGAUCAAGGAGAGGUUCUUGCGACAGUGACGGAAGCGGAGGAAAAGCUGCUACGAACAGCCAGGGAAAGACCAAGCCUCCUGUACCAAAGAGAGAUAGUAGCAGGGGUAGGGUUAGAGAGAGGAGUCUUGAGAGGGAGAAACAGAGGGAGAAGACUAUGCACGAGAGACAUCGAAGUCGGAGCUAUGACCGUGCACACCAGAGAACAAACUGGUCUCAGUUUCAGGCAUGCAGGAAGAACGCAACAGGUGCUGUACCAGAGGGCAUCCAGCUUGAUGAUGGAACCUUGAUACCCCCAGGAAGGAAGGAUUCUAGCGCUAGCAGUAACAGCGCAGGAUCUGCAGGAGAAAAGGAUACAAAAUUAUUCCCAGCAUUCAAGUUUAAAAUUUGGCGAACACGGUCAGGAUCGUUUGACGUCACGCAGGAUCGACCGCGGACCAGGUCUGAUUCGGGCUUCUUCAGGUACGGCUCCUGGUCGGCAAAACGCGGAAGCGGAGGGAAGAUCCGUGAGAAGUUUACGGGCGGGUCCACCCGUCGGUUGAUGCAAUGGAAGGAAGGUGUGUCAGGAAGGCAGAGACUUGUACGGAGGACAUCUUAUCUAAAAGCGACGGGAUCGGACGGUGAAGAGGAAGAGCACGGUGACUCGGGGAGUGUCACGUCAUCCCAAGAAGGGGAUAGACCAUCAAGAGAGAAGAUUACUCCGAAGCGAAAUGCUAGCAUUCGGAAGCUGAAGUCCUUCUUUGGAGAAGGAACACCCAAGAUAGUGGAAGCGCAACAGACACGAAGGCAGUCUAUGGUUGAUUUACUUGGCAGUGGACCCGUUGCCAAAGAAGGGCCUCUUAACAUCAAGCUGGCUCCUAACCGAUCAUGGAAACCUGUGUGGGCUGUCCUCAAGGGACAGGUCAACAAACUUUUCUUGAUGAAGGAACAGAGGGACCCAUCGCAGCACCUUGGCCUCCUUGACCAGCCCAUCAGUUUGAAUGGAUCCAAUGUUGACAUCGCCUAUGAUUACACCAAGAAGAAGAAGAAUGUCAUCCGUCUUACAAGCGUUUCCGGAACCACCUACUUAAUCCAGGUUAGUGACACAGAGACGAUGCUUGCUUGGAUUAAAGUGAUUCAGGAGAACAACGAUCCGCAGGAAGGGGAGAAAGAGAACAACUUACUGCAGCUUUUAGACAAACCUAACAAGGGUGAGACGCAACCUACUCCCCAAGGCAAGGUGCCGUCACCAAGUUCUUACAGGAAAAAAUUCUUCAAGUCCGUAACCUCACCAGGAACACAGCCCAAGCCAAGACCAACAGCUAAAGAGGAAAUGCUCGCCAAGGCCAAAGCCAGCCAGAGCUUUGCAGACCGGAUGAAAAGGCACAUCCGUGGACGUGGUCGGACAGGUGGCUAUCCGUACCCCUUGGAUGAUCCCAUGAUCGGCAAUGCUACCUUCGGAGUCCCUCUGGAGGAAUGCGCUUCCUCACAGUCAAAUGAGCUGGUACCGAUGGUUAUUGAGAUCUGUUGUUCCAUUGUUGAGGCUAAGGGUAUGGACAUCGUCGGUAUCUACAGAGUUCCAGGCAACAGCGGCGGUAUCUCUUAUCUCAAAGAAGAGCUCAAGAAAGGAGUGGAUGAAAUCGAUCUUACUGACGAGCGCUGGCAAGACGUGAACGUUAUUAGCAGCUUGCUGAAGCUGUUCUUCCGUAAGCUCCCCAACCCCCUAGUGCCCAACAACCAAUACAAGGAAUUCAUCGCAGCCAAUCGUCUGGAGGAGCCUUCAGAGAGGAUGUGGGCUCUGCGCAGACAGAUCCAUAACCUUCCAGAUCAUCAUUACGAAAGCUUCAAAUACCUCGCUAACCACCUCAAAGGUGUUGCUAACAAUGCGGACGUGAAUCGCAUGGAAGUCCGCAACCUCGCCAUCGUCUUCGGUCCCACCCUGGUCCGCUCCGGAGACGAUAGCAUGGUUACCAUGGUGACCGACAUGUCCGACCAGUGCAAGAUAGUGGAGAGCUUGAUCCUCCACUGUGAUUGGUUCUUCAGCGAUGACGUGGAGAGCCAGCAGGAUGUCCCCAGCGACGCCAUGAGGCUGAACAGCUGGGAGAAGAAGAAGGGAUCGAGGAGGAGAGGAGAGGAUGAGGAGGAUGGAGGGGGUCACAGGGAGGAAGAGAAUGAGAUGGAUAAGACCGGUCCACUGAAAACAUCUUCAAUGGAAGAUGUCCAUCUUGGUGUUAGGAGCCUGUUUAGUUCAAAAGACCUCAUUCUCUCUGUGAAUACUGCUGCUCAGCGAAAACUGAAGUCGCCCAACAAGCCUUACUCUCCAGACAAGAUGGACACAAGUGAGGUCAAGUACAGAAGACCUAGCCCGGAGCCCCCUCAGCUACAUACCAUCAAACUUCAUGAUCAGGAGUCGUUGCGUCUUGCUGUUGGUCAACAACCAAUAACAAUAGAUGUCGGGGAUGAGAGGUCUUUACUUGCAGCUGGAAUUAGGAAGGACGAUAACAGCAGCAAGGUGAUUCUACGGCAGAACUCUCAUGGAUCCACCGAUUCCAAGUCGAGCAGCGGAAACGAGGAAAACCCAAAGGAGAUGGAAGCUAUGUUUCAAGGUUCUCUCUUUGGUUCCAGCAAUAGAUCUUAUCAAAGGUCCUACUAUCAGAAUUUCCAGUUUGGUUCUACGCGAGGUAGAAAACUGUCGGACUCGUCGGAAACUAGUCAGUCGUUGAACCUAGAGCAGGAGUUAAAAUCCCUGACUAAUGCAACAAAGACGGAGACAAAGCGAGACAGCUGGGUGCAGUCAGACUAUUCCAAAGAGCGUGAGCGGAUAGAGCGUCAGCACGCUGAGGCGUUAAAGGACUUAGAAAAAGAAGAUAAUACAAAUAUUGAAGAGUUAUUUAAGUCGAGGGACUAUCUUAGUGAGCUAGCAGCUGUUUCAAAUAAGAUCAUGGACUAUACAAGUAAAGGUGUUGAAAGUCCAUCUUCAAGUCGGAAGCACUCGCUUGAGAAGUCUUCAGGUAGGGGUCAGUCUAAAUCCUCCAAUAAUAACAAUGCAUUUGUAGCCAACACUGCACCUAAAGAGGAAUCAACCAAGAAGCAGCCAAAUGAAUCGUUUACUUCAUCCUUGCACAUUGAUGAAAGUGACUUUGUUCAGUCUAUGAAAGCCACCUUUGAAGAAAGAUUGCAGAGAGUUUUACACCAUGAGAGUGAGGACGAUUCCUCCCGACCUACAAGUCUCGUCAGUGAGAAAGACACUCACCAUUACCCUGAUGAACCCAGAGGAAUUCAUUAUAGGAGUAACUCUGUAGAUAGGUCCGAAGUCCUGCGACGUAGGUUAGAAUCUCCUGCGUCCUCAAGAUCAAGCUCAAACACUAAUUCUCCUGUAAGGUCAAAGGACGGUAGCAAAUCUGCCAAAUCCAAUGUAACCAAGUCUCCUCAUUCUCCCAAGAAGUGCAGUCGAAUUGAAGUCAUCCUCACCAUGGAGAAGAGAGAAGCGACUCCAACGUCCCUCCGCGACAACAUCACCAACAAUGCCCAGGAGUUCUCAAAGACUCGUAGAGGAUCUGCCAAAGACACUGCGUCCAUCAAAGAGAAGAACAGGGAGAAGAGGCACAGGAGACACACUGUUGGUGGUGGCAAAGACAUGCAGAAAGCUGUCAGCGAGCACCUUGCGAAUGAGGAAUCUAAGAAGAUCAGCGCGGUGGAUAGACUAAAACCAUUCGGUAAAGAGAACUUGAAAUCCACCUCCAAACCUCAAGACAUCAAAUCAUGGUUAGAGUCAGAGCGACAUCGCAGCACCAACAGCAGCCCUAAUCUCGUAAGCACGGUUCAAGCAUCCAUCGCAAGGUUGCAUGCUCCAGAAACAGACAAACAGAGGAAAGAAAAGGAACUCCGCAGGAAAAGCACGCCUGUUCUAGGCACAACCGAUUUCAACAACGAACCUCACAAACUCUCGAGGAUGCCAAGAUACUUUGAAAUUGAAUCAUACUUAUAGACUGAUCGAAGGGUCUUUGUAAAUUCAGCUACUGAAAUUUUUUUACAGUAACCAUGACAUAAUUUAUACAUAUAUGUUUAUUAGCUGAGGGAGAGAAUGUGAGAGAAAAGUUUUAUAGAUAUAUAUGAAAAUAUAUUCCCUUGGUAAGUUAUUCUUGCUUGUUAACCCCAAGCGAUUUACCAGUCAUAGCUAUUUAUAUGUUACCGUGUUUUGUCCAUUUUUGUCCAGAAUGUUUUUAUGUAAAUUGCUACGAAGUAGCAUGGAGUGCUAUACGGGUCUAAGUUAUUGACUAAAGCUUCAUAAUUUUACACGAUAAACAGUAAAUUCAUUUGUCUGUUAGUGUACAGGAUAUCAGGAUUUUAUCUGUGUAGACUUCUGUACGGUUUUAAUGACUAGGUUUUUUUUAAGAAGCUGGAGUAGACAAGGAAAGUUGCAAAUACUUGAAACUUUAGCUUCAAUUUGAUGAUUGUAAGGACUGUUAUGUUCAAUGGAUGCAGCUCAUCACAUCAAGGAGUGUUACACAAGGAGAUAUGAUCAAUAUUUUACAAUUGAUUGUAACUUUCAUACAUAAUUUGUCAUAGAGGAAGUUACACAUAUUUGUACCAUUAUAUUUUCCACGUUACUAGGCCGUAAGGGUGUAACAUUAAGAGGAUACAAUUGAUAUGUACAAUUAAUUGUAAUUUUUCUACAGGGUUUACCAUCGACUUAUCAUUUAAUUGUAAAAUUGUCCUUUUUUCACCCAAUAUGGAGAAUUUCUUAACAAAAAUCAUGAAUUUGCCAAGCAUAUAUUAUGUGCUUGGUAAAACUGCAAAAUCAUGACUUUUGUUAAAUUCUAUAAUCUUUUCAGUCAUGAUGGAAUCUGUGUGGACUGUUCCGCCCUACUUUGACAAAAGGAAGCAAGUGAUAUAUAAACCAAAAUUUAUUCUUUGUUGUGUUUACACCUGACAACUGAUUUCUUAUUUAAGGCCAGAUAUCAAAGAAAAAACACUGAUCCUGGAUAUGAAAUGUGGCUUGUCUACCCUCAUGCUAAUGCAUUGGCAUUUAUGUAAAUUACACAUCUUGAUCUUUUACAGAAAAUUUCAUAUUUGUUAUUUUUUGUUGCCUUUUGUUAAAAAAGGGUGAUGAUAAUGAGGAAAUUAGUCUCACAGGAUUCAAUCUUUUAUUUGACUUUAUGAAGAUAGAAACAGUGCAGUGAUGUGGAGAGAAAGUACAUUGAUGAUCUAGGUGACAUAAAAUACCUGGGGCCCAUCUUACAAAGAGUUGCGAUUGAUCCGAUCAAUCGCAACUAUGGAAAGCCAGCAAAGUCAACAUAUGAAAUGCUUGUUUGUUCAAAAAAAAUUCUAGAUAUGAAUGUAUAUCCAUUAAGUCAUCGAUUUUUUGACAAUUUGGUGUGUUUUCCUUUGUUUACAAAGGACAUUUUGCAAAUUUCCUGUAGAAAAAAUUAUGACACUGAUGGAUUUUAAUAGAGUUAUGCUUGAUUGGAUCAGUCGUAACUCUUUGUAAGACGGGGCCCAGAUUUGACACAUUCCAAGGCAUGGGUUCUGGAUAUGAAUCAAUGUUAUUCUUUACCAUCAUUGGUAAGAAACUGUCAGUUGCCUGAUCCGUAUGUGUCACUUUUAAGAAACCUGGCAGUAAAAUAUAUAUUCUUGAUCAUUAUAUUUAAAAAAAAGGAACAGAUAAUGUUUUAAAAUAAUUUUUGUCAACAUUUUUUUUGACGAACUUGCCAUUUGUUGAUGUAAAAACAAUUCUACAGAUUUUUUAUGGGUUAGCUCUUAUAACUUAAAUCUUUAACAGUUUCUUGAUUUUAUAUCAGAAUGAUUUUGUUGAUUGUAAUUUAUGAAAGCAUUGUAAUAGGGAAAUGGAGAUCAGUAUUUUCACCAAAACAAAGUUAUCUGGAGUGAACAGACUUAUUGAUUUUCCCCCAAAACAAACAAGUCAGUAUGCAGAGGGAAAGGGCUUUUAAUAUGACACAAUCCAGAAAUGUAUUUUAAGGGAAUUAUUUAUAUUGCAUAUAAAAUAUAGAACUACAAAUAAUGCUGCAAAGAAAGGUUGCUAUUUGAAUAUUAGGUUCAUGAAUGAGAAGGGUCGACACUUUGGAUAUUAAGCUACAUAUACUAUGUCAGCUGGAAUAGAAAUACUCCAUUUGCUGAUUUAAAACUAUGAAUUUAAAUCGCAUGUGACUUUUAUUUUCACAAAAUUUGUUCAAACAUAUCUAAAAUAUUAAGCACAUCAAUUCGGGUAAAAUAAGACGGCCACUCAUGUGUAGAACCAAACUUGUCAUUUCUGUUAAGCAACAUUUAUUAUAAGCACUGUGCGACACACAGGGUACCGAUGGCAUGAAUGCAGGUAGCAUAAUCUAGAAAUGAUGGUUGACAUGUGGUAAUUUUGAUUAGUUUGAUAAGAAUUCUCGAGAAAAAGAGUGGAAUACCAGGAUAUUUCUCACAUGGAUCUUUUCAUAGAAACCUGACAAUAGGAGACUAAUUGCAAUGCAAUUUAUCUGUCAGUAGAAAUGAAAUUUUGACAAAAUAAAAUCACAAUUUUUCUAUCAUGAUUCUGACUAAUAGAUGUUUCACGUUUGGUAAUGACCAUGUAUUAAGAAAUAAUUCUCACAUCUUAUUGUCACAUUUUGUUCUGUUGCACGCAUUAUCAUUCAAUGGGGAUGUUGACAAUAAUUUUUACAAAUUAUGUUUGAAGUAAUUGAUGGAUGUUAGGUAAACUUUCUUUUAUCUGUUUACAAAAAAAAUUACAUAAAUAAAUUAUAAAACAAUCAUUGAAUAUACAAAGUGAAUGAUAUCUUAAUAAGCUAAAUCAUUGUUUUGGUUAAGACUGCAAAUCAUUUUGUUGUUUGAUUCCUGUUUUAGAUUAUGAUCAAAACUGAGAUACUGUCAAUGUUUGUGCUCACUGAGAUGGAUGAGUAUAACAUUUAAUGAAAACUGGAGUGAACAAUUAAUUAAAUCUUAACAAAAUAUCUUAAAGUAAAAUUCCACAUGAUCUUGUGCACAUAUCAUUAUAUUCAAGGCAGUUGAUUAACCCUCUGUAUUUGAUCAGUUACAGAAUAGUAUUUAUUUCACUGUCAACUCAUGACUUUGACAUGUAAUAUGUAACAUUUCCAUGGACUUCCAUCAACUUUUUGCCAAAAAUCUUGAGUGAAGUUACCCAUGAUCUCAUGCACAUCCUUAUAUUCAAGGCAGAUAUUUGGCCCUGUAAUAUUGAGCAAUGACAGAUUGAUAUUCUCUUUUACCGUUAGCACCGAAUUGCACUGUCAUGUGUGAAUUUCCUCCUUUUCCUAAAUUUGAACAACAGACAUCAUGUUAUCUGAUAAAUUUUGGAAUUUUUAUUCUAUUUUUUUUUCAAACUACCAAUGAAGAUAUUAGUGAAUAAUUAUUCUAAGUGAAAUCUUAUACGAAAAGGUUUAAAUGCAAACCGAUGAAGUGAAAAUGGGAUUUUUUAAGAGCUACUUGUAAAAUGACAAGCAAACAUGUGUUUGAUUGAUUAUCUCUUACAGCCAUUAAUAUUUUGAGACUCCCACACAACCCUUCUAAUAACUCCACUGCUGCCAUUGUACAAUUGCCAGUUCCAGAGAAGUAGAUUAUUGAAAUGCCAGUUGAAGGCAUUAUGUAGACAGGGUUGGAUAAAAAUUAAUGAUAUUUUCACUUAUUUCUGACAGAUUGAAAAUUUGAAGCUGUAUCGUAAUGUUUAUGUACUUUAUUCUUUUCUUUAUUUAAUUUAAAUGUGCAUUUUGGAAAUAUAUGUGUAUAUUUCUAAUUCUAAUUACAUUUCUAAAUUUUUAUAUGACUAAUCAAGAUGGCAAAUGAGCGAGAAGAUUGAUAGUAUUGACAGUUUAUUAUUAGUUGUCUGCAUAUAUUUUAAUCAUUGUUAUUGAAGGAUAUUUGUUCCAGUAAGUUUUGUAUUGCAUUUGUACAAAAAAUGAUAGUUCAUUAGCAUAAUAUUAAAGUGAAUAUUUCUUUA